ACCAGCUUAGUCUGUGCAGAGGAAGCGCAGAGUACAGACAGACGCAGCUGCUUGCUCAGGAGGAUACAUGCCAAGAUGUUCCUCUAUGAAAAGCACUUAUUAUAAAUAAAUGGUUUGCAUAUGAGAACAGACAAAAGGGUGUAAAUCCAGUUCAUUUCGACCGGGGAAGUCAGAUGAAUCAGCUGUUUCUCCGGUGGUUGUAACGUCUGUCUUUGUUCAGCUUUAGCAUCUCUGAUUUACCUACAACAUGGAUCAUUUAGAAAAGGAGCACAGAUCCGACGACGAGGCUGAAUAUGAAGACGAAGAGGUGGACCCGAGAAUACAGGGAGAGCUGGAGAAACUCAACCAGUCCACUGACGACAUCAACAGAUGUGAGACAGAGCUUGAGGAUGGGAGGCAGAAGUUCCGCUCGGUUCUGGUGGAGGCAACUGUAAAACUGGAUGAACUGGUCAAGAAAAUUGGCAAACCUGUGGAGGAGUCCAAGCCGUACUGGGAGGCUCGCAGAUUGGCCAGGCAGGCCCAGCUGGAGGCCCAGAAGGCCACCCAGGAUUUCCAGAGAGCCACUGAAGUUCUGCGAGCUGCGAAAGAGACGAUCUCCCUCGCUGAGCAGAGGCUCCUGGAGGAAGACAACAGGCAGUUUGACUCCGCCUGGCAGGAGAUGCUGAACCAUGCCACGCAGCGGGUGAUGGAGGCAGAAAACACCAAAACGAAAAGUGAACUUUUACACAAAGAGACGGCAGCUAAAUAUACAGCCGCCAUCGGCCGAAUGAAGCAGCUGGAGAAGAAACUGAAACGUACCAUCAAUAAGUCCAAGCCUUAUUUUGAGAUGAAGGCUAAGUACUACCUGCAGCUGGAGAACCUAAAGAAGAACGUGGACGAGCGGCAGGCCAAGCUGUCUCAGGCCAAAGCCAGUUACAAGACGGCCCUCAGGAACCUGGAGAUGAUUUCUGAUGAGAUCCAUGAGCGCCGCCGGAACUCUGCAAUGGGUCCGAGGGGGUCUGGAGUCGGUGCCGAAGGGGACAGUGUUUCCGGGGAUGACAUCUCCAGCUUUAAGAUGGAGUCAGAUGGCAUAUCCAUGGCAUCAGUAUGUUUUGACGAUGAGCCAUGCGGCGGAGGCAGCAUCAUGUCUGAAGAAGACUCUGAGACUCACUCUACCAGUAGCCUCGGUUCAUCUCCCAGUAGCCCUCAGGAGCUCCUGUCACCAUGCCCCUUCGCCAGCUCCUCUUCAUCAUCCUCCUCUGGCAUGUUCUCCUCUGACUCUCCAUCACCCACACCCUCCUCUUCUUCCUCCGCGUCCUCCCCAGCUUUUCUGUCCAGGCCCUGCAGUUUGGACCUUCCCAGCACUGUGUCACUGUCGGACUUCGGCCUCAUUUCGCCAGUGCUCGGGCCUCGCAGCGAGUGCAGCGGGGCAUCGUCGCCCGAAUGCGACCUGGAGAGAGGUGACCGAGCUGAAGGCGCAGAGGCGGACCUGGACAACGCUCCAACUGGAAACAACAACAACAACUCCGCUUCCAGCAACAAGAAGAGCUUCAGCCUAGAAGCACGCUUCAGCUUCCUGAACCUGCGGCGCCCACGAGUCGGCAGCACCAAAAACACAGACAGCUCGUCCCAGAAGAUGGAGUUGGGGCAGACCGUGGUCCUGGUCAAAGGAGUCUGAGGAACAAAAAGACAAUUUAUCAUUGGGACUAUAACUCUGAGUUGACUCAGUCUGAACCAAAAACUGAGCUGUUUAUAAGCUACCUGCCACUACUACACUCCAUUUCUAAACUCUGUGAGAUGUUGAAUGUCGUGUUUCCUGCACAUUCUGGCAGUGAUGUGACUCCCUCUUCUUUAUUAAGGACACUGCACCUUUGGACUCAUGAGAAAUAAAGAGCACUGCUACAAUUUGAUUAAAGGUUUUAAAAAUAAAGAUGGUAUUUUCUAUUUACUCAAACCUGAAAAUGCUCAUGUCACAAAGUAAUAAAGACUAGCUGCCUGCUACAUCCCCUGACUUCAAUCUGCCCGCUCUGUUCACUAAUGGAACUGAUUGUCCAAAGUUAAAAGUUAUUCCUGUUCAACGGCACAUCGCAUGCUAUAAAACAUGCAGAGGUGAUGUUCUGCUCAGUUCAUUUUAGCGAACUACAGUAGAACAGUGGAGAACAGUCAGUGGCCUCUAUCAGUCUAUUACUCCUGUAUUUAAUAUUAUAAUGUUGUAUUUUCUGAUGUAAUGUAUGUGAUGUUCAAAUUAGGAUAUAAUGUAAACAAAAAUAAAACAUUUUAGUAAAGUUUAAUUAAAGCUUUAACUCCUCAUGA